AGAACUCAGUAGCACAUUCAAGUAUUGUCUAAACCAUGGCCGGGGAGCUGAUUUUAGGUGAUUUUUUCACAGACUUCAGUACAAAUGAAUUUGACUCUGUCCAGUCCACUCAGUCUUGGAUGACUGACAUCUUUGAAACUCUAGAUGAUCAACAAAUCACUCAUGAUGAUUUGAUAUUAGAAAAUAUUCCUGAAGAAAUAAAAAUUAAGUUGGAUACUCCUCUCUGUGAUAUUCUGAAAACGGAGAAUGACUUCUUAGUCGGUGAUGAGAUUGAAAUAAGAGAAUCCACUUCGUUGGUCUCCUCAUUCUUAGAUGAUACAGCUAAUUCUGACGAAUCUAGUGGUUAUGCAUCUUGUGUUCAAUCUUCGAACAACUGUUCUCCAAACGUGAUCCAUACGAAUAAUGAGUCUUUACUCCCUACAACUCUUCGUAUAGUCCCAACGUCAGAUACAAAGUCCUUUACUGCUAGCUCACCUCAUAAAAUCCAUGUGACGCGUAUCAGUCCUCUGCAAAACAACUCUACCGUUCAAGCAGUUUUACAUAAAUCUUCUCUUAAGCUUGAUAACAAACCCAAUCGUGUCCACUUCAUAUUAAGACCUUUACCCUCAGAUUCAUCUCAUAAAACAGUAUCUUUAAAUGAGAUAAGCCUUGAGAACAAAUCUUCAGAAAAGCUCUCUUACUUAAAUGAGCACUCAUAUCUAACCAAUACUAAAGGUUCAUAUAAAUUCUCGCACGUCAAUAAAAUUGAAGGAGAGUCAGUAUAUGAUCGAAAUGGUGUAGAAUCUUUAACGCCAUGCGGAUCCCAAUCCAGUUCGGAGUCUGAUUGUAGAGAUGUUUACGACGAUGACAUGCCAUGCCAAGAACUUUUUUUUGACCACGAAAAUCUCAAUCAAAGUCCACUCGACCAGACCGGUUUCAAGAAGUCGCUACUCAGUCAUCAAAACCUGAGCACUCAUUCUAGGAAUGCUGGUACCAGUAAAGGCUUCUCUAGACUGCCUGAUAUUGAUACUCCAUUCUAUGAUGACGGUUCAUCCAGUGAUUAUUCACAGUCAACGAAGAUCACACAGCAGCGAUUUUUCCAUGAUCAGAUGUACUCUCGUAUUCGUGGUACCACACGGAUUGGGCAGUCUGACAUCAAUCAUCCUCAUAUGUUAGUACUUACUGAGGAAGAAAAACGGACUUUAAUUGCAGAGGGUUAUUCCAUCCCAACGCGUUUACCUUUGUCUAAACAAGAUGAACGAAACCUUAAGAAGGUUCGACGAAAAAUUAAAAAUAAGAUAAGUGCACAAGAAAGUCGCCGAAAGAAAAAAGAAUAUCUAGAAGCACUAGAAAGAAAAGUCAGUAUUUAUUCACAAGAAAAUAUUGAUUUAAAACGUCGUGUGGAUGGCUUAGAAAGUACAAAUCGUUCUUUGUUAGGUCAAUUGCGUCUAUUACAGCAACUUGUCAGUAAAUCCAAAUCUAGUAACACUUCAACUUCGACAUGCUCCAAUGAUUCAAACAAAACUGGAAUUCAAACAAAUCAUCUGAAUACGAAUGGCAAUGGUUCUGUUGAUUGUGUGACUCGAAUUACUCAUAGUAAUGGUUCACCUUCCACUUGUUUAAUGGUCUUUGCUUUAUGUUUUGCUGCCUUAUGGAUUGGGCAACCUUCGGGAAAUGGCAGUCAAAACGCACUGAACUCUGGUUUAAGCUUUACUUUGAGUCCUCAAAAUUCCUUCAAUUUAUGGGUAUCACAAGUUCCACAGCGUCUAGUAUCUGGUUCACUAUCCCAGAUUGGUUACUCAUUCUCAAAACAACCUCAGUUUAGUGGGUAUAAACAUAGUAAUCCCGAUAAUUUUGGUGUAAAGAAGUCAUAUGACACCCAGUUUGUGGCGCAUUAUUCACCACAUGAACAAACAUCAAAAGUAGUCAGUCAGUUCCCUCUACAUUCUUCAGCUACUCAGAAAUUUCAUGUUCAGCGUUCGAGACUUCUCGGGGAAGCAAGCGAGUUGGAAGACUGUGGUCCUGGACAUUCUUUUUGGUCUUAUUUAUUCGGAAAUCCAACAUCAUCCAAACAUCAAAUUUGUGGUCGAAACGAUGAUCUACCCAUAACAGAACUUCAGCUUUUUGAUGACAUCGAAAGAGAUUUAAUGCUCACUCUGUCACCUAACUCAACAGAUUCUAAAUACUAUUCGAAGUUCAAUGAAUCCAAAGGCCCUUUUCAUGUAACUUGGCCACCUGUGAUAGAAUUAUCUUAAAGUAUCAUCUAAUGAAGUUUACUACUACAAUUUUUCAUCUUUCAUGAGGUGGUUCAUGUCACCGUAUGUUUAAGGUGAUACUUCGUUUUGAACCAUUUCACUGUGUAUGUGAUACUCUCAUUUCCCAUUAGGAAUUACUAUUAUCCAGUUUUAACCCAAGUGCUAAUACAUUCAUUUAUCUAUGUUCUAAUAGUAUUUUCUUAUGUGACAUUCAAUGAUAAUAUUACACUUGUGAUUCGUUUUAUUCGUGAUUUAAUUUUUGGGUGGAUGGUUAAUUGUAAUAUGUGUAAUUUAUGUUUUCAUUUGUCUCCUGUUUAUAUAUAAACAACUGUGUAUAUGUGACCUUUUUGGGUAUGCUCCUGACUUUCUAUAUUCUUUAUUCCUUAUUUUUGUGGUUUACUUCUAUGGGAGACAUGAAUCGUACUUGUAAACUUAUUUAAUAGCAUGACUUUCAUCCACUUAAAUUUUUAACUCCAUAAUAUAAUUGUACUUUUUCAUCAAUCCACUGUGUGGAUUUGAGUUUUUGAAACAAAUCGGUCGUGUCCAUUUUCAAAAAAAUAAAUGGUAUUCAACUUAAUAAUAUUUUCGCUGUCAGAUUUUGUAUAUGUUUAUUUUUGCAUUUACCUUAUGGAGUAAUAAUUCUUUUGUAUUAUUAUUUACUAACAUAUAUUAUUCUUUUUUCUGUGUGAAAGAAAACAAAUGAAACUUUGUUGUGCUACGCUUUUCGCACAUAUACAUCAAGCUCUGUUAGUCUUUUACCCACUUCUUCGUAAUUGCUUUAAUUUCCGGUUGGUUGAUUUAAAAUAAAUUCUGUCAGGACACUAAGAUUUUUAGCUUAUAAAAAUGGUUAAUUUCCUAUUCGUACGAAAUUAAAUUUUGAGGUUAAUGACCAAGUCGGUGUUGGAAUUUCACAUUUUUGUGUGCAAAAUUUAAAAACUUAAAAAUCAA